GACCUUUUUGAUAUAACUGAACUAACUAGAUAGAACUGCAGUGGCCGGACAACCUAGUGUUUGUACAAAAUGUAAAUUGAUAGUUCCCCCCUUGUCUUUAGGGAUCUACUUUUUCUCCAGCUGCUCACAACGCUAUCCUUUUUUUCCUCUCACAUCUUUAUAUCCCAUAUAUCACCUUCUUUGACAAUAGCCCCAUAUUUAAAUAAUUCACACAGCCUUUUUUAAAUGUUGUUUUUAAAAUUGAUAAUCUUUAUGUCUGUGUGCAACUCUCUCUGAAGCCCAUGAUAUAACAGACAGAUACAUUGUUUGAUAUCUGGAGCCAUUUUCAAUCAAGAUGAGCUUCCUGCUGCCCAAACUGACCAGUAAAAAGGAAGUGGAUCAGGCAAUAAAAAGUGUAGCAGAGAAAGUUUUGGUUCUUCGAUUUGGGAAAGAUGAUGAUCCUGUUUGUCUGCAAUUGGAUGAUAUUCUUGCAAAGACAUCUCAUGACUUAAGUAAAAUGGCAGCCAUUUACUUGGUGGAUGUGAACAAGGUGCCAGUGUACACCCAGUAUUUUGACAUCAGUUAUAUUCCAUCUACUGUCUUUUUCUUCAAUGGACAGCACAUGAAAGUGGAUUAUGGGUCUCCAGAUCACACUAAAUUUGUGGGAAGCUUUAAAACAAAGCAAGACUUCAUAGAUUUGAUUGAAGUGAUUUACCGUGGAGCAAUGCGCGGAAAGCUCAUCGUACGAAGUCCUAUUGAUCCAAAAAAUGUUCCCAAAUAUGACCUUCUCUAUCAAGGAAUUUAAAUAUUGAUUUGAGAUGAGCAAAACUUGUGUAUUCAUCUUGAAGAUCAUAUUGGUCACCCUUUGAAGACAGACAUUCUGUCACUUUCUUAUAAA